UAUAUACAGAUAAAUUCAAAGUAACCGAAACAUAAUCUCCUGAGUUGUCUUCUCCAAAUACAAAAAUGGUGGCAGCAUGCGCAUACGAGGAGAGUCGUCGUAAGAGAGUAGAGGAGAACAGAAAGAGAAUGGAAGCUCUCAAUCUCCCUCUCCUCUCUCGAGCUCUUCACAAAUCCCCUCCUCCCAAAUCUUCUCCGUUAAAAUCAUCCAAGAAAAGCAACACCACCCAAAAAGUGUUGGUUGCAGUGAGAAGAUCCGGUCGCCUGGCGAACUUGCCUUCCCCUGUUUACAAAGAAAUUCCUAUUGAUCGUGUCUCUAUACCUCGAAGAAAUACUAGCAAUAGGCACAGAGACCUUAGUAAUAGAGUAUACGCCUCAGAUGAAGCCAGGCUGGAAGCAUCAGAACAAGCAGAAAAAUUAAUGUCGGGUUUAAAAUCUGAUUUCCCAAGCUUCAUAAAAUCUAUGCUCCAAUCUCAUGUCAGUGGAGGGUUUUGGCUGGGCCUUCCAGUUCAAUUUUGCAAGAGCAAUCUUCCAAAAGGAGACGAUGUGAUGACUUUGGUUGAUGAAGACGGGAAUGAGUAUUCAACAAUAUAUUUGCAACGUAAAUCAGGACUUAGUGGGGGAUGGAAAGCUUUUGCAGUUGCUCAUGACCUAGCUGAUGGGGACGCUUUAAUUUUCCAAUUAAUCAAGCGCACUACAUUCAAGGUGUACAUUAUUAGAGCGAAUAGUCCUUCAGAGGAUAAACAAGUCGAGUGAAUUGCAUUUGGGGAUUCCAGCCAGUAAACUAAUCUAGGGUUUUUUGUUUGGACAUCAACAAUGGUGAUUGGAGAAUAACACAAAUAAUACUUGUGGCACUGUAAUGAUGCAUCUUAAGUUGUCCUUUUCUUAAUUUAUUGUAAUGAUGAUAUGUAUUGAGUUUCUUAGUUGCUUCCGAGGGUUAUGGCUAGGUUAGGCACAAUAAAUUCCAACUCUCCUAUCACAUUCUGUCCGGUGGUUGCAAUCAUAGUCAUACUAAAUUUUGUAUUUGUCGUCUUAGAGAUACAUGUGGGUCGUUCGUGUGUCUGUGUGUCAUGGUGGGUGCUGUUAUAGUCAGUUUCAUUUUUGUCUUAAUUCAACGUUGUUCAUGCGAGUCUUAAAGCAGUGAAAGUUUCCGAUGUUUAUUUAAUUUUUCUUUUUGCAGGAGCUUUAAUGUAGUAGAAGAAAGGUUUUUGUGUGAAAGACCAACUUGUGUUUGUAUGUAACCUCUUUUGAGGAGUGCAAGUUAAUGGAACUAUUCUGCAUCUGAAUCUAUAAUGCAUAUAAA